AUGGGUUUGGCUGUUUUUGAGAAUGAUAAAAAUUUGUCAUUUAAUGGAGUGGACAAAAUAGUCGAUGACGUUUACAAGGACAACCUCAACUUCCUGAUAAAGAGCAACAAGAACGAAUUGGAGCGGAAAGAAACGGACCAAUUCAGUUUCAGCAUUGACAACCUCUUCAUUCUACUGGAAGAGGAGGAACAGCGACGCCACGCCGAGAGGGAUCAAAUGAAGGACACCCUUCAAAACAUAGGUUUAUAA